GGACUAAGAAAUAGAGUUGAGCCCAGCCCAAACAGUAUACUUCCACUCACACCGCCAAACUUUGCUCUAAUAAAUUGACAGUAGCCCUUUUCCUCCGUUCGGUUAUCAGCUCUCCCCCAAACACGCGAUAUCCCACUUUCCUUAUCCGUAAUAUACUCAAAAUUAUUUAUUAAUAUAAACUGUAUUUUCAGUUAUCAUUUCUCAUGGCCCGCUCCAUCGCACAAGCCCUAAAACUGACCCGACCCGCUACCACGGUCGCCGCCUCAUCCACCGGCAAAAAUGCUCGUCUUCUAGUAGCUUCUAGAAGCGAGUCGACUCAGGCGGAGAGGAACGCCGGAUCUGAAGAGGAAGCGGAGGCGCUGGCGGUGCAGAGGAUUGAGGAUGCGAUUCAUCGGAUUAUAGUGAAGAGAUCGGCGCCUGAUUGGCUUCCUUUUUAUCCCGGUGCUUCUUAUUGGGUCCCACCUCGAAGGAGCUCCUAUGGUGUUGCGGAUCUUGUUCAGAAGUUAGCUAAUACGCUUAGUGAAGAGGAGAUUAUGUCGCUUGCUACUUUCCGGGGCUGGCCUUCCUCGAAUUUUUAUCUUGAUAAAGAGAAGGGUAGUAUGCCCAAAAAAGAAAAGCAGUCAGAGGACGAGGAAGCUUAACUACAAGCAUGAGCAUGAAUGGGAAAAGCAACUGCUUCUCCACCGCUGUUGUUAAGGUUUGCAAAUUUCUGUACAAUAGGGUAGCUGAACCAAGUAUCGAGGAAGCAUUUCCAAGCUGGAAUAUAUGUACAUACAAGUUUUCGGUCAUAUUCCUUUUAUACCAGGAGAGUAGUAUCUCGUCGAAUGUACAGUGUGGUUUGUUUUUGUUUUGCUCUAAUCCAAAUUUCUUGGUUUAAGGUCAUGGGUAUUUCUGAAUACAGGCUAAGCUCUUUGCUAUGCUUCCUUUUUUUAGGUCACGCCUUGACCUUGUUAGAAAGCGGAGUUGGAUAUGCCCUAAUUAAUGUAAUGUUACCAUAUCAUAUCAGCUUAUGUAAAUACUAGAAAUAAAUUAGUCAGAAAUAAAUUUUGCCUGUCUGUUA